GUGGGAGAAGGAAGCUAAACCGUUGACGAGAGGCUAGUUGCCUUUACUUGAUUACAUCUUGAUUUUAUCAAAUUAAUAACACCGUUUAUUAAUUUGUAAAAUAUCUCGGUGAUUAAAAAAACUUUUUGUUAUCGUAAGUAGGUGAAUAGCUUGGAGGAACUGUUGUUGUCACGCCAGAAUCAUCUGAAAUAAGUGAAGACACCCAGUGACUGUCAGACCGCGGAAGAGAAACAAUGCUGGUAUUUGAGCUGCCAACCCACUAAGUUCUCCAGGAGAAGACAUCUGAUGAAAAAUUACUGCAACGUUACAGAUUCCGGUAUGGAAGACAAGGCAAAUGGCUCUGUUGACACCAAAAGCCCAGUGGAGAACGGCCAGCUGCCGGACCCUGCCAACUGGGGGGUCGCUGACGUCGUCAAUUACUUCAAAGCAACAGGAUUUGAGGAGCAAGCCACAGCUUUUCAGGAUCAGGAAAUCGAUGGCAAGUCUCUGCUCCUGAUGACGCGUAACGACGUUCUGACGGGGCUGUCGAUCAAGCUCGGCCCUGCACUGAAAAUCUAUGAGUAUCACGUGAAGCCGCUGCAAACUCAACACCUGAAGAGCAACGCCUCGUAGCACCGCAGGCCGUCCUAAUGACCCGCCUCAAUGACAAUCAUCGUGUCAGGAGACUCCAGGUUAGCUGCCACUUCACAAAGACUCCUCUGGCCACAGUGGCACCUUAACAGGAUUUGAAUGCUGUAUAUUUUUAUAAGCGUGGACCCCAAAAAUGGGUUGCACAUGGAGUCAACUCAGCUGUUUACCCUUUCAGCCAUUCUUAUUUCUGCUGCUUGAGAUAUGUAUUUAAUUUUUUGUGUAUUUUAUUUAAGAGAAGGAAUUUUGGGGUGGAUACUGUGCAGGUAUGAUUUGUGUGUGUGUGUACGUAUGUGUGUGUGUGCAAAGUGAAUUAACCCAUGUUGGUUUAAAAAAAAUAUUUGUAUAUAAGAUGAUAUAUAGUUGAAAACUGUGUAUGUUAUCAUACCUGAACACUUUGAUACAUGCAGAAAAUGAUUCUGGUGCAUCCCGUUUUGCCCUAAAAUCCCUUUUUAUGCUCUAAACUGUGCAGCUGAGUCCAUGAAUCGUCCUUAGCAUGAAACAAUGAAGCGUUUUGUUUUCCAGACACAAUGAGCCAACCGAAAACCUCUUUGUUCCUGCACACCUACAUUGUCUAGGCCCAAGGCUCUUGAUAUGAAAAAUAUUUAUGUGUAUAUAUUCUUAUUAUGUUCCUACCUGUGGUGCUUUCAGCAUUGUCACAAAGACAAC